UUUGCAACUUUACUCGCCCCCAAUCGUCAUCCGCAUCCCCUUUCCGCCCCUCUCCUCCCUCUCUUGUCCCUAAUAUCCUCCUUUGCGUUUAUCGUCGAGAGGCGGUUGGCUUGGAUUAUACUACACACGCACACACAGUAUGAACUCUCUCGUGCAAUCGGCGAGGAGAAAUCCUCAGAAUGCGCUCGUGAGAGCUUCCGCGCGGGCGGCGGUCCAAAACCACAGCAGGACACCAGCCUUCAGCCGCUUACUUUCCACACACAUCAGUGGCAACGCUGUGCUGGCCUCAUCACGACACACCUUUGCACGACCCACCUCAUUGCGAUCACAGUUCCUCCCUGAAGAUGUCCGCAGCAUCUCGAGCUCGAUGCAAUCCAGGUCUUUCCACCUGACGGCCAGACAGCUCCAGCAGCAGACCGAGAAGCCCAAGGCAACCGAGGACGGUGCAAAGCCUGCCGAGGAUACCGCGAAGCCCACCGAGGAAGCCAAGGCCAAGGACGCCGAGUCUGAGGCCAAGGAAGAGUCAUCCGAGAAGAAGGAGGGCGAGAAGGCCGAGGGAGAAGAGGGUAAGGAAGGCGAGGAGAAGCAAAAGGAGAAGAAGGAGGACAUGCCGCCUCCCCCGCCCCACGGUGACAAGACGCCGUGGGAGGUCUUCAGAGAGACGCUUACGGCCGAGUUCGGCAAGUCCAAGGAGUGGAACGAAUCGACCAAGGCACUGUCUGGCGAGAUCCAGGACUUUGCUGAGAGCGAGAGAGUCCGCAAAGCCCGCGAGGCCUACGAGAAGUCUUCUGGCGCCAUCUCCUCUGCUGCGACGAGCGCCGUCAAGACCACCGCUGGCGCUAUCGGAAAGGGUGCCGCCUGGACCUGGGAUACCACCGCCAUGAAGGGCGUCCGCAAGGUCGCCAACGUGACGGGAGACGCGCUCGACAAGGCGACGAAGCCCAUCCGCGAAACCGAGGCCUACAAGAACGUCAAGGAUGUCAUCGAUGACGGCAGCAGCUCGCGCUACGGUGGCUGGGUUGAGAAGGAGGAGCGUAGGAAGAAGCGCGAGGCUGAGGCCCUCAAGCACGGCAAGCCCGAGAUCUUUGAGGAAGACCCCAACGCCGGCACCAACGUCACGAUCCACAAGGACGCCGCCUGGAAGGAGGCGUGGAACGAGUUCAAGGACUCAAACAAGUUCGCCCAGGGCUUCUUCAGCGCCGGCAAGGUCUACCGCGAAUCCGAAAACCCCCUCAUCGAGACCGCGCGACUCGUCACGGAUAAGAUUGGAGGAUGGUUUGCCGAGAACGAGACGGCCCAAGUUAUCAAGAAGUUCCGCACAAUGGACCCCAGCUUCCGAACGGAACCCUUCUUGAAGGAGCUCCGCGAGUACAUCCUGCCCGAGGUCCUCGACGCCUACGUCAAGGGCGACAUCGAGACGCUCAAGCUCUGGCUCUCCGAGGCCCAGUACUCCGUGUACGAGGCCCUGACGAAGCAGUACCUCACCGCCGGCCUCAAGUCGGACGGCAAGAUUCUCGAUAUCCGCCACGUCGACAUUGUCCGCGCGCGUAUGCUAGACCCCGGUGAAAUCCCCGUCUUCGUCAUCACCUGCAGGACACAGGAGGUGCACGUCUACCGCAACGCAAAGUCUGGCGAGCUCGCGGCGGGCAUGGAGGAUAAGGUGCAGCUGGUGACGUACGCCAUUGGUAUCACCCGUGUACCAGAGGAUGUCAGCAACCCUGAGACGAGAGGAUGGCGUCUUAUUGAGAUGCAGAAGAGCGGAAAGGACUACUACUAAACCACAAGCACCACCAACAACACCAACACUACUAUCAUAACCCACCACUCCCGACUUUUCAAGGGGACGGUACUUCUCAUAAGCGAGGAAGAUGUUUGGAUGAUGAACAACAACAUACAAAAAAGCCCCCGUCUCGCAAAAAUCUUCAGCCGAAAAAAGUGUUUUACUACUUGUACAAAAUAGAAUCCGGGGGGCAUAUGGGACUGGCGAACAUUGGGCGCGACGUUGCCACAAUGGGAUGUGUGGCCGAAGGGGGAAGAAAGACAAAAAACCAACACCGCUCUUGAAGGCUGUAUGUGUACGUGUAGAAGGAAAAAAUGUGUCUUUCAUGUAGACGAGGCGAUUACCCAUACUUCGCGAUGUAAUACCAACCGAGAACUGAGAAUGUCCUCACCCCAUCAUUACUGUCCCCAUCAAGCCGUGUCAUUUGCCGUCUUGGCGGGUUCUACGUCUUCUUCUCGCCUUUUUGACUUCUUGACAGUCCCUUCCUCUACAGCUUGACUCCCUUCAUCCUCUUCAGACCUCCGUCUCCUCUUCGCUUUAGCCUCGACAACUUUCCUC